UUCUCCAAAGCUUGUUUUAUUUUCUUCUAUCUUAAUUAAAAAGCUGAAAAAUACAAAAAUGAGUCUGACAGAUAUAGAUAAAACCCUGGUCAAGGCUUUCUGGGGUAAAGUUUCCGGAAAGGCUGACGCUAUUGGCCAUGAAGCUCUGGUGAGAAUGCUUCUUGUCUACCCUCAGACCAAAAUCUAUUUUAGUCAUUGGCCUGACCUCUCUCCUGGCUCUGAGUCAGUAAAGAAGCAUGGCAGAACCGUUAUUGGCGCACUGAACGAUGCUGUGGUUAACAUCGAUGAUCUUGUUGGUGGUCUGAGUGCCCUAAGUGAUCUGCACGCUUACAAGUUGCGCGUAGAACCAGGAAAUUUCAAGAUUCUAUCUCACAACUUUCUCGUGACCCUCGCCAUCAAUUUUCCUGCUGAUUUCACUCCAGAGGUGCACAUUGCUAUGGACAAGUUUCUCGCCGCUGUGUCUGCAGCACUUGCUGAUAAAUACAGAUGAAGGGGGGGCGGUCAUUGUUUUCAAAUCAACAUAUGAACAAAUUUAAAAUUAAAGGAAUACAUUAAUUCUUACAAAGACUCAUACAUAUCAUACAUGCUCCACAAAAUAUAUAUCGUUUCUAUAAAUUGUUUUUUUGUAUAAAGUGACGAUAACCGUGUUAAUAUGUCUCACCAGCAGAUGAACAGGUAAACAGUGAAUGAAUGAAUGAUUGAGAAAUAAACAAUAGCUUAAUUUAGAUUAGAUCGGGUGCACAGGUAAAUGAAAUUCAGAUACGAAUUCGAGUGCAAAUAUUUGCAAUUUAUACCAACAACAUAUUUAGGUUAUGGUAAAUAAUACCGAAUAUGAUUCCGUAAUAACAGUAAUAUGGAAAAUUACAUUCAUAAUAUCCAUUUCCCUUUCUCAUUGUGGUAUAAACAUUCCCUAACAGACAUAUAUGUCCAUUAAUUGCAUUUAAAUUGCAAUCUUUUUUUUGUAUCUGCGAACAGUUUCGGACCUUCUUACCCCCUCAACACAAUGUUUCUAUUAUCGCUUAUAACUUCGAGCCUGCGUCAUCUCAGGUUCGUCAAUGUAGAUGCUAAGGCCUAUAGCUAUGAACUAUUAACAAUACAAAUAUCCACUGAAUAACACUAAGCGUGUUCAUUUUCCUAUUUUCAUAAAAUAAUAAUAAAAGCGUGAGGGACUUCAGGAAUUACUCGAUCAUUAUUCCCACAGAAAGACGUGUAACCUUUCCUUAGAACUGAAAAAAAAUGUCUAAUUUAGUUGCUUUAACUUCUACGUUGUGAAAAUUACUACAAUUUUAAAAGUAUAUGUAGAUGUUUGAGUCAACACUGGCUAUUGGUUAAGCGAACAAUAGUUAAAAGUUUAACGUAUCGACAGAGAGGUAUAAUAUAAGCACACGUACACAGUUUAAUUUUAUUUAUUUGCUUGUUUGUUUGUUUAUUGGUGUGGCCUCUUAUUGAAUAACUAGACCAAUGGAUCAUAAUCCCAUGUCAUCAGCAAACGCCACUGAAUGUACAAGUGAGCUAAUGUUUGUUGCGUCCUUAUAAAUAAAAAACACCACAUUUAAUCUUCUAGUUCUAAAGUUACAUACUUGAAGUUUACAGUCUACAUAUGUUUCACAAUUUAUAUUAUAACUAGUUGCAUGGCUUUCAAGAGAAUACAAUACAAAGAAUACGUGUUGUUUAACGUUUUAUUUCGUGUUCUAGUCACAGAGUGAAAGACCUGCACAUCUUUAUAUUAUGAUGCGUGUUUAGUGGUACUGCUUUCCCAGAGCAGCCACGACGACAUUCAGGAACUUCUGCCAAGUCUCGUGCACUUCAGGGGUGAAGACUGAGG